UUCAAAUUUUAGAGGGUUAAGUAUAAAAUGACAAUAAUACUUCUACUUCAAUUAAAUAAAUUAAUAAUUAUAAAUACAGGUAAUAUAAAAUGACUUUUUUAUCUAUUUUAUUUUCUUUUUAUUUUUUAUUUUUUUAACUUAUGGUUCUAUCAAAGAAGUUCCGAAGUGGGCCAUGGGAUGUUGAACAAUUCAGUGGAAUCCGUCUUAUAACCAACCUUCUCUUCAACUUCAAGCUCAUCACAAAUUCAAAGGAGAGAUGGUCCUUGGAGGAAGAGAAAAUUGCAGUAAUUGUUAAGAGAGAAAACAAUGGUUUUCUAGGAACCCGAAUCAACAAACGGUUAGACUUGUUGUAUGUAAAUAAUUUUGAAUUUGAAUGAGUACAGAUUGUCCAUUGAAGAACCCAUUCAUAGCCAGAGGAAGGUUGGUCCCUUAUGUGGUGAAAGACAGAGAGGACUCGUUUAUGGCAACGGUGGAUUUGCCUGGUAUUUCCAAGGACGAUUUGAGGGUUUGGGCUGAAACCCACUUUCUCCACAUCAAAGCUGAAGAAGUGGAAGACGGUUUUGAUGGACCUGUUUUCGAUGAAGACAUCGACGAUAAAGAGGAAGGUUUGAGGAAGUACUUUGGGUCAAUCACAAUUCCAGAAGGUGAGUACUAUAAGAUGGACCAGAUCGAGGCUCAGAUGAGGAACGGUGUUCUCAAUGUCACGGCAAAGAGGUGGCGGACGAUGAUCCACCACAAGUUUAGACGAGAUUGGAGAUCUACUUAUUUUGCUAUCUUUUGUAUUAGAACUUUAAUAUUCUAUAAAUGUAAUCUUAACUAUUUUGUGAAACUUUAAUUUAAUUAAUAUAAUGUUGUAAGUUAUGGAUUUUUAAAUUUUAGUUAUAUUUCAUGGACUGUAACUGAUAUAAUUAAAAUACGCUCCUCAUAAAGGAUUAUGAAACUAGGUAGUGAACUAGUGAUUCCUUAUUUGGAUGUAAUAGAGGAACAGGACCUUUUUAUAUGUAUGUGAUUAUUUUGGGA